AUGUACUCGCCGUAUUACCGGACUCCUCGUCUCUACCUCUCGGGCUACCUGCCCAACGGACAGCCCCUGCCGCCGCAGAGCAUGAUGGACGACAUCGUCGGCGACUACAAAGACAAAACCGUCACCCUCGAAGACUUUCCCUUCUUCGCCAACAACAUCAAAAUGGCCAGCGUGCACCCAUGCAAGCACGCCUCCGUCAUGAAGACACUCCUUGACCGAGCCGACGCAGCUCUCCGUAUUCGCAGGGACAAGCUCCGGUCCGGCAAGGCCGUCGGCAGCGAUCCCGGCAUGGAGGGCCUCGUAGACGAAGUAGCCAAGCUAGAUGUCAAGAGCGCACAGGAAGCCGCCGACAAGGAUGAGUGGGAGGAAGUCGAAGGCGUGGAUGCUGACGAGCAGGAAGUCGCCAUCCGCGUGGAUCAGUACUUGGUCGUUUUUCUCAAGUUCAUGGCAAGCGUUACACCCGGCAUCGAGCACGAUUUCACCAUGGGCGUGUGA